CUAGUUAGAUGAAAAUUAAAAGAUUAUUUAAUCUAAAAAAUAUAUCAUAUUAACUUUAUAACUAGAUUGCUUUUGUAAUAAUAGUGACGUGAAAUAGCAGCACUUCUCUUCUGCAACACUGACUUUCUAUGAAGAGUUUUUGUGAUAGUUCCUUUUAUGCGCCCACCCCUCGCCUCACGUAAUUCAUCUUCUUGGCCAAUCCUGUCCCUCCCCAAAAAGUUUGCGCCAUGCAGCCUAUAAGAACUGCCUAAGUUUCUCAAGUAUCAGAAAAGUCUUGUCCUCCCAGAGACCCAUCUAUGGAUACUUUGGUGUCUUCAGAGCCAGAUAGACCUACAGGUGGACUUAUCCGUUGACUUCAUGAGAGGGAAAUAAUUUUUUUUGGACACUUACUGGCUGCCAUCUACCCAAGUGGAGAUGUCUGAGGAAAAUAUGGGGGAAGAGUCGAGCAGCCCCCCUGUCUCUCCUGUGGACAGCCUGAGCAACAGCGAGGGGGAGCUGGACAGACAGCCGAAGAGAUGUGGGAGGAAGAGGAGAUCGAGCAGGAAAAACGGGGAGGACUCAGAUAGCCCGACCCCUGGGAAAAGAGGGAAGAAGUCCAGCAGCAGCAGCCCCCAGUCUUUCGAGGAGCUCCAGACGCAGCGGGUCAUGGCCAACGUCCGGGAGCGUCAGAGGACCCAGUCUCUCAACGAGGCGUUCGCAAGUUUGCGGAAAAUUAUCCCCACUUUGCCUUCGGACAAACUCAGCAAAAUACAGACCCUAAAACUUGCAGCCAGAUACAUCGACUUCCUCUACCAGGUGCUGCAGAGCGACGAGCUGGACUCCAAAAUGUCAAGUUGUAGUUAUGUGGCGCAUGAGAGGCUGAGCUACGCCUUCUCUGUAUGGAGGAUGGAAGGCGCUUGGUCCAUGUCAACAUCUCACUAACAUCUGGAGAAAUUAAUGCCCAAAAUGGUGACUGCUGAUUCUACUUAUCACAUUCUGACGGGACAAAUCUGGAGUCCAAUGCUGGAUACAUGGGAUCACUCUAUUUAAACCAAAGACGACAGAGGCUCUGGGGAUCUUUUUUUUUUUUUUUUUUUUUUUUUUUUUUUGCUUUUUUGCAGAGGCCCGAUGGGGACUUGUAUCCGUGUGUUAGCUCUAUAUACACACACACACACAUACACACACACACACACACACACACCCCAUUCUGAUGUGGUUUCAUGUUGUUGACGACGAAUGUUGAAAAUAUCAUGUUUUCUUUUAAAAGUUUUUUUUUUUAAAUGCAUGCCUUUGGACUUAUUUCAGUGGAGGUCAAAGUGCAUGGAAGUGUCAGUUUUAGUUUGUGUGUGUGUGUGUGUGUGUGAGACUCAACUGGUGGUGAAGCUCACAUUAUACUGCAGGCUGACUUUGUGGAUCGAACCUGUGCAAAAAAAAAAAAAAUAUUUUCAGAAUACAUUUAUUUAUUUAUUGGUGAAACGUGUUACAUUGAGGAAUAGAUCCUGUGUCUGAAAUACAAAUACAUUCCUAUUUUUUAUUAUCAUUUUUUUUG